UACCUAUCUUGGCUUAGCUCCCCCAGCCGAAAGCUUCCACCUCACGAUAGGUAACCAUGUUGACGACACUCUGCUUGAAGCUCCCCAUCCCCCAUCUCCGCCUCUCGCUACCUACCCACCACUCCAUCAUCAAUAUCCCGUCUCCCGCGUACCCGACCCAUCGCCCUAUUCUAAAGGACCUCUCCAUUACAGACUGAUCCCCGCGCCUGUCCGCACACGCCCCCACUCGCCGCCACCAACAUGGCGCUCGACACCUUCUACCACAACAAGAUCGAGGCCAUGAAGCUGGAGAUCAUACAGGGCCAGGCUGUCCUGCGCCGUCUCGAAGCCCAGCGGAACGACUAUAACUCGAGGGUGCGGUUAUUGCGGGAAGAACUCGGCCUGCUCCAGCAACCGGGGUCCUAUGUUGGUGAGGUGGUCAAGGUCAUGGGCACCAAGAAGGUCCUGGUCAAGGUGCAUCCCGAGGGCAAAUAUGGCAGAACAGUCGUGGACAUUUCUGAUAACGUCGACAUCACCAAACUCACCGUCGGAAAGCGCGUGACGCUGCUCAGCGACUCCUACAAGCUUGAAAAGAUGCUACCCUCCUCAGUCGACCCUCUCGUAUCUCUCAUGAUGGUGGAAAAGGUACCGGACAGUACAUAUGACAUGAUUGGUGGUCUGGAUCAGCAGAUCAAGGAAAUCAAGGAAGUCAUCGAGCUCGGUCUCCAACAUCCAGAACUUUUCGAAUCGCUAGGCAUUGCACAACCAAAGGGCGUCUUGCUGUACGGUCCUCCAGGAACAGGAAAGACGCUGCUCGCACGUGCCGUUGCCCAUCACGCAGACUGCAAGUUUAUCCGAGUGUCUGGAAGUGAGUUGGUGCAAAAAUACAUUGGUGAGGGAAGCCGAAUGGUCCGCGAGCUUUUCGUCAUGGCGCGAGAACAUGCGCCCAGUAUCAUCUUCAUGGAUGAAAUCGACAGCAUCGGAUCGAGCCGUGUAGAGGGAAGCUCAGGUGGUGAUUCCGAAGUGCAGCGGACCAUGUUGGAGCUGUUGAACCAGCUGGAUGGUUUCGAGCCCACCAAAAACAUCAAGAUCAUCAUGGCCACGAAUCGUCUCGACAUCCUGGACCCUGCGCUUCUCCGACCUGGCCGAAUCGACCGAAAGAUUGAAUUCCCCCCACCAUCUGUGGAAGCCCGUGCCGAUAUUCUCAGGAUUCAUUCCAGGAGCAUGAACUUGACGCGCGGCAUCAAUCUUACCAAGAUUGCUGAGAAGAUGAAUGGGUGUUCGGGUGCUGAGUUGAAGGGAGUUUGUACCGAAGCGGGCAUGUACGCACUGCGCGAGAGAAGAGUGCACGUCACGCAGGAAGACUUUGACCUUGCGACUGCCAAGGUCUUGAACAAGCACGACGACAAGGCGACAAGUUUGAGCAAGCUCUGGAAAUAG